AUGCCACGCAAGAAGCGCUCUUCCAGCCCAAUGGAUCAUUUUGACGACGAUUUCGAUGAGGAUGCAAGCUCUCAAAGUUCCCAGCCGCCGGUGCAGCGGAAUGCGGCCAACGCCCGGGAGCGAAUGCGUAUGCGGGUGCUAUCCAGUGCCUACGGUCGCCUCAAGACCAAGCUGCCCAACAUUCCGCCGGACACAAAGCUCUCCAAGUUGGACACGUUGCGUUUGGCCACGCUCUACAUCAAGCAGCUAAUUACGGCCGUCGAAACGGGCAGCAAUGGCAGCCACACCCACCCGCACCACCAUCCGCACAACCACAGUCACAGUCACCACCUCAACCACAGCCACUCGAGCACCGCCAGUUCCGACGGCCUGGACACGAGUCACAUGGCAGAGGCCUCUGGAGGAGGCAAUUACCAUUUCCACAACAACGGACACGGCAUGAGCUGGCCCUUCGAGUUCCACCAAAGUAGUCGCAGUCUGGCCUAUGUCUCGUCACCUUCAAUCACCACCACCACCUCGUCCUCCUCCACUCGCCUGGAUUGGCAAACCCUGCAUCAGCAAACCUAUCCAAAGGCCACGAGAUGCGAAACCCAUGUUGCGGCGGAUCUCAGUUACCAUCAGUUGCCGGAAUCGUCGCUUAAUCACUGGUAUCCGGCGGAAGUGCAUCAAAUGGAGCCAGCGGCCAGCUGUUCCUACGAAACGGGAAUGGGGCAGCAUCAGCGGGGUUUGGCCAUAGCCACCAGUCACUCGCAAGGCAUUUAA